GAGACAGGAAGAGAGAGUAGAAAAGAGAAAGGGAGAGAAGCAGGAAGAGGAGAGUCACAGAGUGACCCUAGAGGACGAGGUUUCUCUAUUCCAGAUACUUCUAAGAUUGAAGACUGUUUGCUAGUGGGGAGACUCCAGCUCCGGCAGCCAGUUGGGCAGCGGCAAAGUAAAAUGGACAGUGAGAAACAGACGUUCCAGCCACCUCUCCAACGCCCAGAGGUCCCGGAGCUGUUCUCUGGCGAACUCCUUUCCCAGCUGGAGUCUCUGAGCCUUCUGGACCCAGGGAGCCCAGGGAGCGCCUGGAAGCUGCUCCUCGGAGAUGCCCUCGCCUGAGCAGUAAGCACUUCCCGUUGAGUCUCUGCAUUCCCUCCACCUGAAACUCCCCAGGAGAGAGGGGUGGAAGACCCCAGGGGGAGGGGAGAGGGGGAUCCUAACGCAGCACUUUCUCCCCUCCCCCUCCCCCCGCCGGGCGCGCAGGCAUGGGUGUGCUCAGCCCGGGACAGGGCAACAACACCACUGUGUCCGGGGGUCCCUUCGGGACACGCGGCAACGCUACUGGCGUCUCCGACGUGACCUUCAGCUACCAAGUGAUCACCUCACUGCUGCUGGGCACGCUCAUUUUCUGCGCGGUGCUGGGCAAUGCGUGCGUGGUGGCCGCCAUCGCCCUGGAACGCUCCCUGCAGAACGUGGCCAACUAUCUCAUCGGCUCGCUGGCUGUCACCGACCUCAUGGUGUCGGUGCUGGUGCUGCCCAUGGCUGCGCUCUACCAGGUGCUCAACAAAUGGACACUGGGGCAGGUCACCUGUGACCUGUUCAUUGCCCUCGACGUGCUGUGCUGCACCUCGUCCAUCCUGCACCUGUGCGCCAUUGCACUGGACAGGUACUGGGCCAUCACGGACCCCAUCGACUACGUGAACAAGAGGACGCCCCGGCGCGCCGCUGCGCUCAUCUCGCUCACUUGGCUCAUUGGCUUCCUUAUCUCCAUCCCGCCCAUGCUGGGUUGGCGCACCCCCGAAGACCGCUCGGACCCCGACGCGUGCACGAUUAGCAAGGACCACGGCUACACUAUCUACUCCACCUUUGGCGCUUUCUACAUCCCACUGCUGCUCAUGCUGGUUCUCUACGGACGCAUCUUCCGAGCUGCGCGCUUCCGCAUCCGCAAAACAGUCAAGAAGGUGGAGAAGAAGGGAGCGGACACCCGCUUUGGGGUAUCGCCAGCCCCACAGCCCAAGAAGAGUGUAAACGGCGAGCCGGGGAGCAGAGAAUGGAGGCAGGGUGUGGAGAACAAGGCAGGGGGGGGUCUGUGCACCAAUGGCGCCGUGAGGCAGGGUGACGAGGGCGCCGCCCUGGAGGUGAUUGAAGUGCACCGGGUGGGCAACUCCAAAGAGCACCUGCCGCUGCCCAGCGAGGCGGGUGCUAUCCCUUGCGCCCCCGCCUCCUUCGAGAAGAAGAAUGAGCGCAACGCGGAGGCCAAGCGCAAGAUGGCCCUGGCCAGAGAGAGGAAAACGGUGAAGACGCUGGGCAUCAUCAUGGGCACAUUCAUCCUCUGCUGGCUGCCCUUCUUCAUCGUGGCCCUGGUCCUGCCCUUCUGCGAGAGCAGCUGCCACAUGCCCACCCUUUUGGGCGCCAUAAUCAACUGGUUGGGCUACUCCAACUCUCUGCUCAACCCUGUCAUUUACGCCUACUUCAACAAAGACUUCCAAAACGCGUUUAAGAAGAUCAUCAAGUGCAAGUUCUGCCGCCGAUGAUGGUGGAGUAGUCGGCGAGUAGGCCCGCCCCAUCCUCUCUGCCUCCUCCAGCCCUCUGGAAUCAGCACCUCGCUACUUUUCCUCUUUCUCGGCUGCUCGGGGUCCCCCGCUUCCAGACCUCGUCCCUCCUCCUCCGUCGCCCAAUCCCCUGCUCGGACGGAGGGAGUGCUCUUUGUGCAAAGAGCCCCAGCGGAGGGUCUGGAGGGCUUGGGAAACUCCCCGAUCUGUGAUAAGCGACCUUGGCUCAGACUUUGGCCUCAGAAUCAGUUCUGAUCCCUGCACUUGCCUCGUCCCUCUUCUGCACCCAAAUCUUCGCGGCGGAAGUUUAAGCCUCAGCCGUUCAAGGCAAAAAAUCUACACAGAAAAACAGUACACCCAGCUGCCGCGUCCACUAACGGCUCCCACCUGAUCGCCCCAUUGCUAGAACUUGGAUUUAAGGUUCAGGAGUUUGCUUCAUUCCCUAUUCCCAACUCUGUCCCGCCCUCUCCCUGGAAACUCACUUUUAUUUUUCAGUUUCAUCCCUUCUUUCCAGCUUCUCUUUAUGACCCCCUUAGUCCCUCUGCAUAGGUUUGCUAGUCGGGAAAAGCUGGAGGGUCUGUUUUUCCCAUUGACUGUGGUGUCCCUGGUAAUCCCCGCCUCCCUGUGUAGACUUGCAGAGUAACUCUUCCGCGCACAGCCCCCAGCUCUGUUUUCUUGGACUCCAAACAAGUGGCCAGAAGCUGUCUCUUAGAGUGGACUUGUAAGUACAAGCAAGGCUGGGCCAGUGGGGGAGAGCGAGGAGGGAGUGCGGAACGAUUUUUUAUCCGUGCUUGCCUUGGCGUCAGCACUCACCAAAGAAACUGACAGUCAGUGGGAAGGGAGAACGGACUUGUUUGUAUAGGCUGCUGGCGCGUCUGCACGUUCUGGAGUCGCCACUUACCUACCGCGGGCUGGGCCCGCCGGCCAAGGUGUGUGUGCUCUGGCCGCCCGGCCGCCUACCGGCCCCGCGCCUCCGCAGCCAGGGGCUGUCUGGUGUGCGCUCGGCGCGCGCGCAAGAAACUCAACCGACUGCAGCCAUUCCUCCGCCUACGCCGCGGGACGCGCACAAGGGCGGAUAAACCGCGGGGGUCUGCGGAAGCCGCUGGAGCUAGGUCCGGCGGGAGGAGCGGGACGGAGGAAGCCAAAGGGGGUGGUGUCGGGCAUUUAAGAGGGAGGAGACGUCAGUGCGCGCGGCCCGGCCUGCAGAUGGCGCUGCUCGUGGAAGCCGAAAGGGCAGUUUCAUCCAAAGGAUGUAGACUCCUUCCUCCUAGUAACCGACUGUCCUUUCGGAUAGAAUAGUUCUGCUAAGCGCGUCCUAACACUACACGGGAUUUAUUCUGUAGGACGUCCAGCACCCAGUUACCAGGAUUUUGCUUUCCAAAUAGGAAUUCCAGGCUUCCAAUCAAAUGGGCCCCGAUGGGUUUAGUACCGUCUGUGACUUCACAGGCAGUUACUUUAAAUAAUGGGGCCCCAAAGACUAGUUAGGGGUACUCUCGCUGAGGAGUCCCUGAGAAUCUUGUACAGGGUUAGGUUUCACAUCCUUGGCCUGAUGUGAGCCACAGGUCUAGGACAAACCAGUUUCUUGCCAUUUGAAUAUGUGGAGCACUCCAAGCUUUCUCCCCCACAAAAGUUACUCUUUCAACCUUGCCACUUUUGCUGAGAAACAGUUAUAAUCUUUACUGCCCCCAGAAGGGAAGUGAUUUUGGUGCUCCUUUUGAAUGUAAAUUUCCAUUCACAGGAUUGGGAUCAAGAGGUUUGUUAGUUAGAUGUAGCCUCUAAUUUUCUGAUGACUAACGGUUGCGUUCUCCAGUAAUUGCACAAAGUUACUGAUUUUUACUCUCCUCUCCCUUCAACUGGACCUUUUGAAUGAUUGCGUCGGCUGUUUUGAGAACAGUGUUGCAAAAGUUGCCAAUGGAAAGUUCACUUGUGUUUAGGAUUAAGAAGGUGAAAAGACAGCUCUAUCACUGAAGCCAUUCUCUUGUCAACAGAACAAAGACUCCAUUUGGUAUCUUUUUCUCUAACUGAAACUGAGAAUAAGCAUCACAUCCAGUUAAGAUAAAGUAUAAGAACUCUGGACACUCGUGGAUGGUUUGUUUAUGCAUAUGUAAUGCUGAUAAGGGGCUAAGGUAGACUUCUUCAGUCCAAAAAUUAUUCAUUUGAAAAUUCAAUUUCUUUUUUUGCUCACAAUAAUUUCAGUACAGCUGUAUGAAAAUGCACUUUUCUGUGUGUCUUCCUUAAUUUUAGAACGAAUUAUAUAUGUAAAAUAAUUCAAGUUCAAAAUUUGUUUAUCCAAAUUAUGCCUUGGCCAGCAAGUAUUACAUUCAAAGUCUUGAGUCUUCCAUUUAUUUGUAUCUCUUACAGAACUGUAUGGCAAUGGUUUUUGGACAUUUAUUCUUCCUACUUCAGAGGAAUUACAUCAAAAUGAGGAAGGAGCAUCCAACUGGAGCAUAAUUGCCAAGGCAAUAGAGAAAUUUGGGGAAUAAGUGCAUAGCAGUCAACAGCCCCUGAUGCUUUUUAUUUCUUUUAGUCUUUGUAUUAAGACAAAGCAUAUAUGCAUCAAAAUUGGCCUUCACUUUUCUCUGUGACAAUAAAGGACUUUAU